AUGCCAUUUUUCCGAAAGAACAAAAUCCCGAUAAAGUUAGCAGGCAUUAGCUAUAAUGCUGGCUGGGGUCAUAUCCUUUCGGAAAAAUGUCUUUCGGAAAAUCAUACCGAUACAGUAACCAUUAAUUGUAAAGUAUUCCACGACUUAUCAAAAAUCGAUAAUAAUAGGAAUAAUAGGGUAAUCAUAAGCAAUAAUCCGUUAAUUCAACCUUGGAUACAAACAAAUUCCGUUAAAAUUGGUAAUACAUAUCGUGAGAAUCUAGUGGAAAAUAACAUUGAGUUCACCAAAUUCGACAAAAGUUUGGUUGAUCUUGAAAUAUUAAAACAAAAGGGUGGAGUCGACCUUAAUUUUAUGAUCAUGGACACCUCAGGAUCUGACACCGAUUUUACGACUAUUAAAGAUGAUGAUUCUGAACAAGAAAUUAAUACCAGAUCAAUCACUCCUAAAAAGAGGCGAACUAGAUCUUUUUCUACCUCUGGAAGUUUAAGUGACGAUUUGAUUGAUGAAUCUCAACUUAGUUCUCCACUCAGAUCUCCUGUUAAACAACCUGUUCCUUCUCCAACGGGUAGAAAGCGUGGUAGACCUGCUGGAAUCAAAAAUAGGGUACAAGUCCAACGUCUCAAUUAUAAUAAUAACUUUACUGAUGAUCAUGACUCUCAAAUAAUUCAUAGACGUGGUCUAAAUAAAUUAAGUUUAAUUGAAGAAAAUGAUGUAUUUGCCAAAGAUAAUGCCGGUCAAACAAAUUUACAUCGUGCUUGUCAGGAUGGAAGGUUAGAUAUGGUUAAAGCUUUGAUAAAUGGUGGUGCUGAUGUCAACAUUCAGGACAAUGCCGGAUUAACUCCGCUUCAUGAAGCUGUGUCUGCUCAUAAUUAUGAAAUUGUAAAAUAUUUAUUAGAAGCUGGUGCAAAUCCAAAUAUUGGUGAAUCAGAAAAUGUAGAUACUCCACUUCAUGAUGCUUGUAGUCUUGGUUACCGUGAUAUUGUUACUAUUUUAAUAGAUUAUGGUGCUGAUCCCGAUAAAACAAAUGUAAAUAACACUACUCCUAAAGAUACUGCUAAAAGUAAUAUUUCGGAAAAUUUACUAAGGUUGGUAAACCAAAUUAAACUUCCAAAUCGUUGUAUAGUUCAACAAAAUAUUGAUGCUAGAGCUGAAGAAGAGAGUAGGCGAUUUUCUUCAGGAGAAACAGGCAAUAUUUUGCCACGUAAAGUUUCUGUAAAUAAUUCUAAACGUUCAACUAGAAAUACUGGAAAGUAUUAUGAUAGAAGCAGGCAUGAUAGAAUACGAAAUACUGGUGCUAGAGGAAUCACUUCUUCCAAUGAAGUAUUGCGAUUAGAUCUUACGGUUGACUCUCGAACUGGUCGUAGUAGAUUACAUCAUUAUACAAAGUUAGGGCACGCUGAAGCUGUUGUUGGUUUAUUAGAAAUGAAUGCACCUGUUGGAUUAACUGAUAAGGAUAGGGGACGUACACCUUUACAUGAAGCUGCUAUAGAAGGUUAUCAUGAUAUUGUUGGCUUUUUACUUGCUUAUAAAGCUGACAUUAAUGCUCAAGAUAAUUAUGGAAAUACCCCGCUUCACUAUGCUUCUUUUUAUGGUCAUAGUGACGUUGUUAAAUUACUCUUACAUCACAAAUGUAUUCUUAAUAUAAAAAAUAAUGAAGGAAAAGAACCUUAUGAAAUGGCUCGUGGUAGAGAACAUAUUAUACAAUUACUUUGUCAAAAUACGGAUAUUACUUCGGAUAGUUCUAUGGCUGAUACAAAUUAUUCUGAGUCUGAAAUGUCUCCGGUUUCUUGUGUUAAUAUGGAACUUACGUCUGAAUUGGAUCAAAAAGAAAAGAAACAAUUAUUAAAUUCUGAUUCGCAACCAAUAUUAUAUCAUAUUGAAGAUCAUCAAGAUUCUUUCAUACCUCCUCCAUUUGAACAAAUAUAUAAUGAGGCUGAUAUUUCGGAUCUAGAUCAAGCUUAUUCUGAUAGUGAUGAAGAUAAUUUUUCGCCUUCUUUCUCUGAUAACGAUGAUCCUGUUUCUCAAGCCGGUCCAAUAUAUGUGUUUCAAUUUGAUCCAAAUAUAUAUGGAUAUCCUAUAGUUUCUUAUGCUGGGAAUGAAGAUUCUCGUUUUAUAAUUGAUAUUCAAAUUGAAAAAUAUCUUGCUUGGAAUCGUGGUUCGUUGGCUAAAAAAAUUGAUCCUUCAAUUACCAGACGAUUAGUCACUACUCAAGAAAAAGGUUUACUUUGGCCAUUGCUGAAUGGUGAAAUUUGGAAAGGUUCUUUACGCAGUCGUCCUGAAGAAAUGGAAACAAUUAAAGAAAAACGCAAGGAACGUUUUUUUAAAUGGGAACUAUAUUUUAUAAAGUAUCCUGAAAUUCUCUCGAUAAUAAAUACUCCGUGGCGAGAACGUGAUAUUGGUGAAUUAGGCAUAUUUCCUGUUGAUCUAGUUAUUAAUGGAGAUUCUGACAUAUCGGAAUUUUGGGCUUCAAAUACUCCAAAAGUAAUUUAUGAUAUUAUUGUUUUUGAAAAGGAUAUGCAAAACCAAGGUUCAGCAAUAUCUUUUGCGAUAGUAAAACACGCGAUUCUUGUAUUUUGCAUUGGAAUUGUUGCACUCAAUGACGGGUUUUUUUUUGGUAAAACCACAUUCAAACGUCCAAUUAAAAUAGAAAAAAUAAUUGUACUGAACAAAGAAGCCUUAAAUCAAGUCCUCAAAUUACAUUCUUAUCAGAGCACCCGCUCGCCUAGUUGGAUUUACAACUUCAGAAUAAUAGCAGAUAAUACCAGAGCACCCGCUCGAUUAGUGCAGAAUACUGGAUUUACAACUAAUACCAAAGCACCUGCUCAUCCAGUCGGUGCAAAUGUCUUGAAAGCUCAAAGGUUAGAAGAUUGCACUGUAACAUCCAAUAUCGGGCAAGAUCAGAGUAAUAGCAGAUUUGCUUAUCUGUUUACAUAUAAAUUAGAGUAA